GUGUUAGGUAGGAAAAGCAGUAAAAAAGUGCAUAUUAAGGGAGCAGAUUUGAAAUAAUAUUUAUACUUAACAAGAAAUAAUUAAAGGUUCAAUGGGGAGACCUAAAGAUUUACGCAUAUGGGAGCACUACCGUACUUUACCAAACAAGUCUGUUUCUUGCAAGCUUUGUAAUAAGGUCUACAAAUUCAGUAAUGCUGCCAAAAUGCUUCAACAUCUUAUCACUUGUCCAAAAUCUCCAGAAACAUUAAAAGACUCUAUGAAACUUAUAAAAGAUAGCUCGUCCAAAACCAAAAUGUCUGGACUGUCAGAGAUAGAGACAAAUGAUUCUUUUAUAAGCCCCUCGUCGUCUGCUAACACUACAAUAAAUGCUGAGUUUCAAGACACCGAUGAUCAUAUAAAAACAGAAUUAGCGAGAGCUAUAUUUGUAACAGGGACGCCAUUAUCGAUGGUGCAACAUCCUUUAUGGAUACAAUUUUUCGAAAAAUUGCAACCAAAAUUUAAAAUACCUUCACGUAAAGCUUUAGCGACAAAAUACUUAGAUAAAAUAUAUAGAGAAAUGCGUUUUGAGUUAAAUGAGGAACUAAAUGCUUGUAGUUACUUACACCUUCAGUGCGAUGGCUGGUCUAAUUUAAGAAAUGAAGGAAUAAUAAACUUUCUUAUAUCAAAACCUCAACCUGCAUACGUUAAAAGUUUGAAUACAGAAAGUAAUCCUCACACUAGUGAAUACCUUAGCCAAGAAGUUGAAAAAGUAAUGAAAGUGUAUGGAGCAAAUAAGUUUCUUGUACUUAUUGGCGAUAACGCUAGAAAUAUACAAAAGGCAUUCGAAUUAACAAAACUCAAAUAUCCACAUGUUGUUCCUCUCGGUUGCUGUGCACAUAUCCUUAACUUGUUGUGCCAAGAUAUUGUAAAGAUACAAGAAGUAACUGUGUUUAUUAUGCAAGCCAUAAAUAUAAUAAAAACUGUUAAAAGGAGUCAACGAUUAAGUUCCUUGUUGAUAAAAUCAAGGCAGGGUGAAGAUUCUACACAAACACUAAAAUUGCCUUGUGCUACAAGAUGGGGAAGUCAUGUUACUUCGUUAAAAAGUUUGAAAGCAAAUAAGAUAGCUUUGCAAAUAUUAACAGUUAGAGAAGAUGUGGUAAUUUCAAGAGAUAUUAAAGAUUUAAUUCUAAGUGAUGAUUUCUGGACGAAGACAGGGGAAUGUAUAAGUAUUUUGGAACCAGUCACUGAAAGCAUAUUUUACUUAGAGAGCGACCAGAAUCGUUUGCAUCGCACAUACAUUACAUUUAGAGAUGUACAAGCUAAGAUACGUUUUGCAUUAAAUGAGAUUUCGACAUUGAGCGAAGAAAGCAAACAGCAGAUUCUAACAUCAGUAUCUUCAAGAUGCAAUAUGGCAAUGAGGCCAAUACAUUUUGCAGCAUAUAUUCUAGACCCCAGGACUCUAGGAGUCGAACUUACUCAAGAGGAAGAACUUAAGGGUAUGGAGUUUAUCUACAAUUUAAGCCAACACUUAAGUUUGUCAAAUGUAAUGGCAGAUUUGGCGUGUUAUAAAGCUAAAGAAAACUUUUGGGCCAGAGGAUUUGUAUGGAGCUCAUUAGAUAGCAUUGAGCCCCUAAUAUGGUGGAAAGGUAUUUGUGGUUCCACUGAGUUAAGCAAAGUAGCGAUUCGUAUUCUAUCAGCUCCCUGUACUUCGGCAGCCACUGAGCGUUCCUUUAGUAUCCAAGGCUACAUACAUAAUAACAAAAGAAAUCGACUUACAACUGAAAGAACUGAAAAAAUUUCAUUCAUUUGUUAUAACUGGAAUCUUAAACAUAAAGCUGAAUGCGAGGACAUUCAGUUUAAUGAAGAAAAUACCUUAGAAGCUUUCAUUGAGCAAGUAAAUGAACAUAACAGUUUAGACGAAAUAGAGCCUAUCGAACCUAUACAAUUCAUCGCUUGUAAUAACUCUGAAUCUGACAGUGAUUGACUGUAGUUUUACAUUUUACUUUCAUCUCUUUCUUAAUAAACUCAAAAUCAAAUUAAAAGUUUUUUAUUCUGUAGGCUGCAUAAUAAUAUUGUCUAUGUCCAGUAUAGUGGACGUCUUGCGGCUGAGAUGACGAUGAUGAAGUACAAAAUCAUAAACACCCAAAAAUUUGGGUGUUUAUGGGGUUUAAACCCAAUAAACCCAAAACACCCGGUUUUUACCCACCAGACUUUAAACCCACCCAGGUGGA